GACCUGCCCGAAAUGCUGCGCGUACUAGUGGCUUUACAAGAAUGUAAUUACUAUGCUAUGUAUUCUCACAAACCCAAUGUACCUUCUUGUAUAUAUAUAAAUAAAUAAAUAAACAUGAGAGCAUUUUAUCCUCGGAAUACAGUACACAGAUAACUUUGUGGGAAAUUAAUGUUUUGUAUUGCUUUUUAACCUACAGUAUCUCAGUGGUGUUGUGAAGCUAAUAUGAAGAAGAAUUUACAAGAAUAAUUAUUAGAAAACAUAAGUGUUAAUCCCCUCAGUCUUCAUUCAUGUGUGUUUUCUGUCCUUUGUGAGUAGAAUAGUCAUCACAUUCAGGGCUUCAUAUUGACUUAACAGCUUUCACUUAUUUAUUAUGAAUAAAAUUGUACAAGAAUUUCAUGAAAACUUUUUUUUUUUUUUUACUUUAGAUCAAUAGUGGAGUAAUGAUCUGUCUUUAUUAACAGAGUAUCACUGUUUUACUGUAUUUUAUGUAGAAAAUAUUGAACAUCAAAGUACAGUACUGUACAGAAAAGUACUUGUUUGAUAUUAUAUUUGAAAUCAUAGUCAUGAUGUUAACUGGAACAAUGCUUACAAGAGUGACACAUUCAUUAGUAAGUGGUAAUUGUAAAUCACUUUUAAUGCCGUAUGAAAUAAUAUCUACCAAGAUAAUUGGUUCGUGUAGAGCAGGUUAUAGUGACGAUGGUGAUACACACAAAGUGUCAGUUACUGAUUCAGAGACGGGCACUAAAGCAAAAUACUGCCGACGCAAUCUGCAUCGAUCACUACAGCCACAGUUCAGUAAUACAUAUCCUCUAACAAAUAAAAUGGUUCAAGCCAGGAAGCCACACUUAGUCAACCAAGAAUUUCUACAGUGUACACAUAGCUUCUCUGUGUUGUCAUCGUCAAAGAGGAUAAUGUCAUUGAAGUCUCCUUCCCCUCAAAAUAUACUCGGCAGUAUUCCAAAUGUGAAACAAAUUCAACACAAUCGUGGCAUUUGGGAUAUAUUCAAAAGAGCUAACUUUGGUAGUUACACCGUACUUGAUGAUGUUGGAGAAGUGUCGGCAACCCGGGAGGUGCCCUCCCACAUACCUUGUCCUCCAUACGCACAAACUGGAGAACCUUCCUCGGCUCCAUCCUCGCCAGAAAUCAAAGCAAAUUAUCAAGUGCAGGCCAUGAAAGAAUCCUGUUACCUGGCACGCAGUAUACUCAAUAUUGUUGGUGAAAAUAUUCAGGUUGGCAUGACAACAGAUGACAUUGACAAGCUCGUGCAUACUAAAAUAAUUGCUAGUGGAGCAUACCCAUCUCCUUUAAAUUAUUUGGGCUUCCCUAAAAGUGUGUGCACCAGUGUUAACAAUGUAGCCUGUCACGGCAUACCCGACGACCGUCACCUGCUGGAUGGCGACAUUGUUUCGGUUGAUGUCACAGUGUUCUACAAUGGCUAUCAUGGAGAUUGUUGCGAGACCUACUUAAUUGGUAAUGUCGAUGAAGCAGGUCGGCAUUUAGUAGAAGCAGCAAGAAGGUGUCGAGAUGCAGCUGUAUCAAUAUGUGCUCCAGGAGUUCCAUUUGCUGCUAUUGGUACCAAGGUAAAAGAAGUGGCUAUUCAAGGCGGAGUGACUGUAGUGCCUUGCUUCAUUGGUCAUGGCAUUGGACAGUACUUCCAUGGGCCUCCAGACAUAUAUCACUGUUAUAAUGACUACCCAGGUUGUAUGGAGGCAGGGAUGACUUUUACUAUCGAGCCCAUUGUGGCUCAGGGCAAGGAAGAUGCCCUAAUUUUGGAGGAUGGAUGGACUGCAGUUAUGUUAGAUAAUGGACGAGCUGCACAAUUUGAACACACAAUUCUUGUUACAGAAAGUGGUCAUGAAAUACUAACUGAUUAUCAUUAAAAUACGUAGCAGCAAAUGUUAUUGCAAAACUAAAUUACCUGGCAUUACAUUUUUUGUACAAGUACAGUAAUGCUACAUACCAUAUUAGCUUUUGUUACACACAACUGCAUUACAAUACUAUGUAUUUAUUAAAUUGUUAUAAAAAUCUUUGUAAUAAAUUUUGUAUUUACCU